GUAGACUGGUCUGGUUCCUGUUUCCAUUGCUUACAUGACGAGUGCAAGAAAGUAGACAGAAACCUGUCUAAACUCAACAACAGCCAGAGCGGAUUACUUUUCCGCGAAGUAUUCCACCGAGGCAAAGAGUGUUCUCCCGGUGCUGGCAUUUAAAAACAAGUCUUUCAGCCGGAAAAAAAAAAGAAAAGUGCCUCAAAGCCAUGGGUGGAAAGCAAAGCGCGGCUGUUCAAGACAAGCACGUGGUGGUGAUCGGCGGGGGCUACGGCGGGAUUGUGGUAGCCCUCAAACUGCAGGGGAAAUGCAAGCUGACUUUGAUUGACCCCAAGGAGGCCUUCCACCACUGCAUCGGUGCACUCCGGGCUUGCACUGAAGACGGUUUUGCUAGAAAAACCCUCAUUCCCUACGCCCCGACCUUUGGGGAAAGCUUCAAGCGGGGUACCGUGGAGGCCAUUGACCCGGGCGCGAAGAAAGUCCGCCUUGCUGGGGGAGAGGAUAUCGGCUACGAUUACCUUGUCGUAGCGACGGGGAGCCGAGGGUCCUUCCCCAGCAAAAUCUCAGGGGGGGAGGAUUCCUCUGUGUACAUCAACCAGUACACUGACAUGUUACAGAAGAUCAAGGCGUGCAAGGAUAUUGUGGUCAUCGGUGGCGGAGCUGUCGGGGUGGAGAUGGCAGGAGAGAUCACCACAGACUUCUCAGACAAGCAGGUGACCCUGAUCCACUCCAGGGACUACCUGGUGGAGGGGGAUUUUUCCCCCAAAUUCCGGAGAGGGGCGGAGGAACAGCUGAGGGCCAAAGGCGUCAAGCUGGUUCUGGGUGAGAAGGUGACCAAUCUUGCUGAUCUACCUACCGACGGUUCGUCCCGGUGCACAGUCAAGACAGACAAGGGGACAGAGGUGGAAGCUGACCUGGUGUUGGUGUGCGUGGGGCAGCCCUGCAAUUCCUCUGCCUAUGCCGCGUCACUCAGUGACAGAGUGGAGGGGACAGGCCACCUCAAGGUGAACAAGUACCUUCAGGUGGAGGGCCUGGAUGACGUCUUUGCCAUUGGAGACUGCUGCAACAUCCACCAGCUCAAGUUGGCCUACUUUGCCGGACAGCACGGGGAGCUGGUGGCCAAGAACCUGCAGCUGCUGGCCCAGGGGAAGACUGACCUGAAAGCCUGGCCCGCACCGGGGAGGAUGAUGGCUCUGCCAGUCGGGCGAAAUGGUGGCGUGUUCCAGCUGGGCUCUAUGGUCUUCGGCCCCUUCCUGGCACGCAAGGUGAAGAGCGAGGGCCUGUUCAUUGCCCGGUACUGGAGCGAGAUGAAACAGAAAGAGCCGAAAGCAGUAGAUGUCGAAGUGUAGGAACCAGGAUACGAGGGAUAUGAAUAAUGAUAUAUUUAUCAGGGGAGGAAACCGGAACUAGAGUCGUGACUUUGCCACCCAAAGCCCAGCUGCGAAUUUUUUUUCUUCCAAAUGAGAUCCAACAGUUUUGAAAGAGGGCACUCUUUCUCUGUGCUUAUGCAUUAUUCAUGAUUCUGUCCAAGGCUUUAAAGAGUAUUCAUAAAUCUCUCAGUCUCCCUAUGCAACAAUGUGCAGCUUGACCGUGUAUUUGAUAUUUGGCAUUCGAUAAUACCAGCUGAGAAGAAGAGAUAGUGCCCGCUGCGUAAAUCGCUGGCACUGCGCACUGGCACCUGGAUACGAGACAUUUUACUCAUGCAUCUCACCAUGCACACGCACACCAAGUCCAUAUUAGGAGAUUCUUUUGGACAACUUGUACAAGGAUUAUACCAUAAAAUGGACCAGAGGGGUGUUAGAGAAAAUGAAAGUAAA